AUGAAUAAGCUUUGUAAAACAUCUGUGAAUAUUCAGGCCACAAGGAGAAUACACAAUGCAUGGAAAACCAAAAUAGAUAUUUUCACUCAGAAUGCUUCACAAUUGGCUAAAAUCAAUAGUCCAACUUUAAGAAAAACAAGAUCAGUGGAAGAGUCUCUUGAGGUGCUUCUUUGUCAAAAAGUUGGACAAACAGCCUUUCGGGCCUUUUUAAAGUCCGAAUUCUCUGAGGAAAACUUGGACUUUUGGAUCGCCUGUCAAGAGUUCAAAAGCUUGGACAGACUGGAUGAGCGUAAACAGAGAGCAUCACACAUUUAUGAAGAGUUCAUUAGCACGGAAUCUCCCUCACAGGUCAACUUAGAUUUUUACACAAAAGAGGUCAUCAAACAAAAUCUUCAACAGCCGGCUCCAUCCUGUUUUGUUGCAGCACAAAAGAAAAUCUACAAUCUGAUGGAGAAUGGAUCCUUUCCUCGAUUCAUUCAGUCGGAACACUGCAAAGAUCUGUUUAAAUGCACUUCUAAGCAACGAAACACUCGAAGACUGUGA